AUGCACAAUGGCUCACCAGAAAUACGGUUUGUGGAUUCACUGAUAACUUUAGAUAGCCGUUACACUGAUACUAACAGAUGCGUACAAAUAUUAACUUUGAUGAAACCCUACUUGCAGCCAAUGAAGCCCCUAAAUGCCAGCAGCUCGAACUACUCAGCACCGCGAGUCGUUUUUCGGAAGUCGAAAAAAGCAAAAGGACGAGUAGACGACGUCAUUUUCAUUAAUCUUUUGCAACAAGUGCGCUUCAUUGCUGAACACUUCCAGCACAAUGAGAGGGAAAGUGAGGUAGUGCAGCACACCUUUUCCCUAUCAUCUGGAUACUGCGCAUAUUCACUGACUUUCCAGAUUUCGGACGACUGGACAUUCGUUGCGAUGGUACUAGAUCGACUUUUCCUUCUUAUAUUCUCGGUACUGAACGUUGGAACGAUGUUCAUUAUCCUAGAGGCUCCAUCACUUUACGAUUACUCCGAAGCAAUGAACAUCACCGUGCCGAGCAAGCCACUCGGACAAGCCAAUCUCUUCGGCAGUCACUCACGCAGCGUCUAG